GAGCCCCCCAUCAACCUCGCAUCUCCCGUGCACCGACUCUCUUCCCUCCACGCGCCGUCUCCGUCGCCGAUUCCCGAAGGAAAAAAAGCCGGCGGCGGCGGCGGCCAGAGAAACCCUAGCCUCCGAAGCAGAAGGAGGAGGAUCGAGAGAACCAUGUCGUACGACGACGUGGAGAUAGAGGACAUGGAGUGGAACGAGGAGCUCCGGUCGUACACCUACCCCUGCCCCUGCGGCGACCUCUUCCAGAUCACCAAGGACGACCUCCGCCUCGGCGAGGACAUCGCUCGCUGCCCCAGCUGCUCCCUCUACAUCACCGUCAUCUACAACGCCGAGGACUUCGCCGGCACCCCGAGCAAGAGGAACCCGGAUCCCUCCCAGCAACAGCCCGUCGCCGUCGCUUGAAUUUCAGGUCGAUCUUCGGAGUUGUUUGUGAUUGUAACGUCGGUUGGUUUUGAGGACGAUUGGUUUGGGUUAGUUGAGGUUGAAAGUGUAUAGCUAUGGUGCCUAUGGUGCCGUGAUUCUGCGGAAAUGAUGCUAUUAACCGAUUGAUUGAUAUACGAAAGGUUCCUGGAAUGCCCUUGUGUUCUCCAUUCGAUGGUUUUUUGGAUGCUUUUCUUGUUUAAGUUUGGAUCAUGUGGAUGCGAUAGAUAAAUAUGUGCUGCUCUUGAUUUACCUGGUGUUUGCACACCAUUCGAAAUAGAACAAGUUUUGAGGUUGCUUGCUCCUUGAUCUUUACGACGACGUGGGAAGAUCAGUUAUUGAUAUUACAGCAGUGCUGCAUCCGCUUCUCUUGUUGAGGUUUCCCUUAAUAGUGGGUUUGGAAUGUGAUUAUGUGGAAAUUUGUGAUCUUUAUGUCCAGUUGGGGUCGACGCAAGGAAACUCGGAACCAUAAAGAUAGCUUCUGUUGCGUGAAACCUGCUACUGUUAAGGAUUUAUCUCUCAUUCGGUCUUUUUCGUAUGGCCAUAAUAUAGAAUAUGUCGAAGAUGCUCUGUUUACGGAUAUGACUGGGGUGAUUGAUCUUGCCUUGUUUCUGCUUUAUCAAUCUUGCCCUAGAAGAUAGUCUGUGAGAUGCAUCUUGAUUUUGAUGGGACUUUUCAUCUACGUAAUAACAAAUCGAUCGUUUAACAGGCCACUCUUUAUUCUUUGGACCUUCACAAUCUCUGUGCCUUUUCCUUCUACGUACCCUGCACCUGCUAGUGCUAAUUUACAUUUGUCACUUCCUAUUCGAUGUUUCAUGGGUUCGUUUCUUUACAUGUUAGUGAGGUCUAGGCAUUAGAGUAACGUGAUUUACAGCAAUUUAUGAACUCUUGGUUGAGUCAAUCAGGGCGCCGCUCCCCCCAUUAGCCAAUAGCCAUUGUAUCGUUGAUGUUUCAUUCUUGCUGAGACAUCUUGCAUCAUGAGUAUGUGGUAAUCUUCAGUAUAAUGUUCGGUAGUGAUUUGAUUUUGUUGUAAUAGAUGUUGCAAGAAUUAUGGCUCCUCUUUAAGUUAUCAAGAUGAUUUAGAAUCUUGGGUUGCUUCUAUAUUGUAUUCUUUUAUCAGGUUUGGAUUUCUUGCUCUAACUUCUCAUAGUCUUGUGAUGUUUUUCUUUCCUUCCUUCUUUCCUUGUUCAUUUACGAUGUACUAGAACAUACUUUUUUUUUUAAUAGAAUUUUUUAUUAUCUGUCAAAACGAAGUUAUGGUACUGCUUUGUUCUGAUGUACAACAAUAGGGAAUUUCGUAAUGUAGAUCGAAAUCCUGUAUUAGGCCGAAGGUAUGCUGAUGGUGAUCUUCGUGGUUUCAUUGACUCUAGGUCUGUAGUCGAGUUCAUCUUUUCUGUCCAUAUUGCAUUAUUGUGAGAUUUAUCAUGGUAUUUUUGGGAAUGUCUCUUUUAAAUUAUGUUUAUUGUGUCGGCUUCUUUUUCCUCAGAUAUUUUAGAACCUUAACGUCUACUAAUUGUAUGACCAGAAAGGAAAACACUUAGAAAUUCGCUUGAUGGCUAGCAGCCCGUUAUUUUGAUUGGGUGAACAAAAAGUUCAAUCGUGCUUUGAAGUUCUCUAGAAGGAAGCCAGCUUUGUCAACUAUUGUAAGCUGCAAUGUGAUUAUGCUAAUAGGGUGCCCAAAUGCAUUAUAAGUUGUUGAAGAAAUGUGUAGAUACUUCUGUACGUGGUUACCUGUGUUUAUGUGAAGGGAUGAGAAAAUAAGAAAUGUGAAGUAUGUGAGUGAGCAGUCGUGGUUUAUGAUCUACUUGCGAUUCUUUGAGUAAGCAAUUUACAUGUAUCUCUUACUUGAGAAGUGUCAUUUACGUAUAUCGGCUAUUUACGUUGAAUAGGCCAGAAUAAUCACCUCAUGGAUUCUGGAAGUAUCAUUAAUUUGCCAUACAUAAACCGGUAAUAUUUUUAGUACUUCAAGAAUGUUGAUUUUCAAUCCGUAUGAAGUUGUAUGGUUGGAAUUAAUCAUGAUAAAUCCAACUUGGAGGCCGCAAAGUAUAGGUAUAAUGCGAAUCAAACCUAGUAGACAUGAGAUGAUUUGGCAUCAUUUAUAGAGAAAAGCUUGCUUGUGGGGUUCCCCAUGGUUUAGUCGAAGCUUGUUCCGAGUGUCUAGAGGCUUUCUAGAUGGACACUGAAAACACUAGCCGAAAUUGAUUUUUCAGAGUGCUUGCAAUAUACAUUAACUACAAGGCCAUUUUCUUUCUGGACUUCUUGGGUUAAUUUAACUGCAAGUGGUCUGCUGUCUUUGUUUCGUGAGUGUUGUUGGCUACUGGUUGGGGUCAAGAAACUUUGUAUUCAGUUUCUAUGUAUGCCGUACUCAUGAGGUUCUUACUGUAUUCAUU